UUCCAAUGAUUCAGUCUCAUUUGGGAAGUUCACAUUUGAGCUUGACUACGAAGAUCAAUAUUACACCCCAACAGCGACUGCGGAGCAACCUGUUCACUUGUACCGGCGAUGCUCCAGUCAGCACGGAAGCUGCGAAGCUGUAUCUAGCGAAUCAGAUAUUUCAGUAGGAGUGCCAGGUUCCUACGUUACUGGUGGUGACAAUUGUGAUCCUUUACCAUGAUUUUGCGUACAACUUUUGUUUAUAUUUUUGUGUUUUGUGGAACCGCUUUUGGACAAUAUUCCGGUGAGCCAUGUACAGUGCAGAGGACAUCUGCUCCAGGAACCUGUAAAAUUAUCCAGGACUGUCCAGUUGCGAUUUCACAGAUUCGAAGACGUCAACGUAUUACUCGAUGUGGCUUCGAAGGACGAAAUGAGGUCGUUUGCUGUCCAAAUCCCACUCUACCCCCGCCUCCAGAGCCAGAACCAAUGAUCAGUGAUGACUCUCCAAUAAGUCAACGCAAGUGCAAGGAAUACACUGAAGCAGUUUUCGAGUAUAUCGAAUCAGUUAGUCUGGCUGUGGAUGCGAAAAACGAUCGAAUACGAGUGGACAAAUGUGGUCAUAAAACAGUACCAUUAAUUGUUGGAGGUGAACUUGCUAAGCCAAGAGAAUUUCCACAUAUGGCGUUGUUAGGGUUCGAUAAAGGGGGGCUUAGGUGGUCUUGCGGUGGAACUCUGGUAAGCGACCAGUAUGUUCUUUCCGCUGGUCACUGUUUACGCACAAAAGCAGGGAAUCCAGGUUACGUUCGGUUGGGAGAAUUAGUUCUCCUUUCUGACGAAGAUGAGGCAGAACCACAAACAUUGAAGAUUAUCGAAAUCAUCCUACAUCCGGAUUAUAAAACUAAUUCAAAAUAUAAUGACAUAGGUUUAGCCAAAAUGGAGAAGAAGGUGAAGUUGACUCCAUUCAUUCGACCAGCGUGUUUACCAACUGAAUUCGGUGGUCCUGAGACUCUGGCGAUUGCAUCUGGCUGGGGUCACACAGAAUUUGGAGCAAACGAAGGUUCGAAUCACCUGCUGAAAGUUGUAUUGACGAAAUUCAGUCAUCAGGAAUGUAACAUGACAUAUGUAAGCCAACAUUAUCUGGAAAAGAAAGGACUGAAAGAUGGCAUUCGAGAGGAGACUCAACUUUGUGCUGGUUCAAGAACUGCGAUGAAGGAUACUUGCAAAGGUGAUAGCGGCGGCCCACUUCAAGUUUAUCAUUCGAAUUUGUACUGCAUGUACACUGUGAUUGGUGUUACGUCUUUUGGCAUCACAUGCGGUAAUAUUAACAUUCCCGGUGUCUACACUCGUGUGUAUCCUUACGUGAAUUGGAUUGAAAAAAUAGUUUGGCCAGGUCAGUAAAAUGGGACUCUACGUAAAGUAUUGGAAAAUUUAUCGCAUUAACAUUAUAUUCCAAUGAUGCAAAGGAGAGACUUUCAAAAAAGAAAGAAAUUCAAUAAAACAGUGUAUGUCAAUUAUGCAGUGUAACAUUAGCUUUCUAUUCAUUGUAUGUAUAUACAAAUAUGUAUCUCACUUUAUUUACUCUCAA